CUGGUGCUGGGCGCCGGUGCGAGCGGCCAGGCGGCGGCGCGCUACCUGUGCGGGAUCGGGCGGCGGGUGCUGGUUGCGGACUCCCGUCCGGAGCCGGCCAUUCCAGCGGCCUCCGCGCUCCGGUCGCUGGGAGCGCGCGUUCACUUCGGGGGCCAUCCCCCGUCUUUGCUGGCCGGGAUGGCGCUCGUGGUGACGAGCCCCGGAGUCCCGCCGCGGGUGGACAUCCUGCGAGCGGCAAGGCGCGAGGGAAUCCCGGUCUGGGGCGAACUCGAGCUGGGAUACCGGGCGCUCGGCGAACCCUGGGACCGGCUGGUGGCGGUGACGGGCACCAAGGGAAAGUCCAGCGUGGUGACGCUGCUCGCGGAAGCGCUCGAUGCGCAGGGGACCCCGGUCAGGGCCUGCGGGAACCUCGGCGAACCCCUCACCGCGCUCGCCGGAUCGUUCGGCCCCGAUCAGAUCGCGGUGGUCGAGACCUCGAGUUUCCAGUUGGCGACGAUCGCCCGCUUCCGGGCGCACGUCGCCGUGGUGCUGGAGGUGGGUCAGGACCAUCUCGAUUGGCACCCGGAUCUCGCCGACUACCGCCGGUCCAAGGCCCGGCUCCUGGAGAACCAGACGGCGACCGACUGGGUCGUCGGCGACGGCGGUGACCCCGUGGCUCACGAUCUCGCGACCGCCGCCGUCCGCGCGAGCGGUGCGCGCUGGCUGCCGUUCGCCGGGCCGGCCGGCGCGCACGAUCCGGAAGUCCUCCUGGAUUCCGAAAGCGUCCUCAGGCGGGACGGAGAGGAAACGCGGGUCCUCGCCCGGCUGUCCGCGCUCCGCCUCCCCGGCCGCCACCAGGCGAAGAACCUGGCCGCCGCGGCCGCGGCCGCCAGUGUGCUGGGGGUUCGCCCGGACGCCAUCGAAACGGCGGCGGCCCGCUUCUCGGGCCUGCCCCAUGCCCUCGAGGAAGCGGGCUCGGUGGCGGGGGUGCGGUUCAUCAACGACUCCCGCGCGACGAACCUGCAGGCGACCCGAGCGGCCGUCGAAGCGCUCUCCGGGGCGGCCGGCGGCGGGAUCCAGCUCAUUUUGGGAGGGAUCCUCAAGGGCGGCCGGUUUUCCGAUCUGGAGGGGUCGCUCGGCCGGGUGGAGGGGAUCCAGGCGAUCGGGCGGACGAAGGCCCGGAUCGCAACCGAAAUCAGCAGCGUUCCGGUGGAGGUCCAGGGCACCCUCGAGGGAGCGGUGGCGGCCGCCUUCGCGCGUUCCCGCCCUGGCGGGAUCGUCCUGCUUUCGCCCGGCUGCUCCAGCUUCGACCUGUUCGAAAACUACGCGGACCGCGGCACCCGAUUCCGCGCGCUGGUCGCGCGCCUGGAAGGCGCCCAGGGGGGCCGGCGAUGA